AUGGAAGCGAGCAGCAGAGUGAUGGUGCAGGUGUUGUUGUUGGCGUUGGUGGUCCAGGUCACCCUGUCCCAGCACUGGUCCUAUGGGUGGCUACCAGGUGGAAAGAGAAGUGUGGGAGAGCUGGAGGCAACCAUCAGGAUGAUGGGUACAGGAGGAGUGGUGUCUCUUCCCGAAGAGGCGAGUGCCCAGACCCAAGAGAGACUUAGACCAUACAAUGCAAUUAAUGAUGAUUACAGUCAUUUUGAGCGAAAGAGAAAGUUCCCAAAAAAUUGA